AUGGGUUUUCAUCAAUUGUGGAUAUUAAUCCAACAUAAGAAAAUGAAAUCUAUUGUGCUAUGUGUUGCUUAUAGACCUCCUGACUGUCCAGUUUCCUGUUUCGUGGACGAUCUCAUGGACAACUAUUCAUAUGCACUUACUUUGAAAAAAGAUAUAUUCGUAGUGGGUGAUCUAAAUUGUAACUUAUUAAAAAGUGGUCCAGAAUCUGAUGCGUUGAACGAAUUGUGCAGCAGCUUGAAUUUAUUCCAACUUAUCAAGGAACCAACUAGGGUGACUUUGCAGUCCUCAUCUCUCAUCGAUGUGAUUUUAACAUCUAACACAAGCUUGGUAGUGGAAAGUGGAGUUGAAAAAACGCACAUCAGUGACCACUUUCUGGUUUAUUCAAUAUUAAAGCUUAAAUUGCCUAAGAAAUUACCUGAUUACAUGGUCAUAAGAAGUUUUAAGAAUUAUUCUUCUGAAGCGUUUAAAAAUGAUCUAGAACAGCUGAUUUGGCAAGAAAAUCCAAUUGACCAGGGCGUUAACCAGCGACCGGACAAUUUUAAUCAGAAAUUUCUAAGUGUAUUAGAUAUGCAUGCCCCGAUAAAGACUGUUAAGAUUAAACGUCGCUUGUGCCCUUUUGUUGACCAGGAAAUUGUUCAACUUAUGAAAAAAAGAAAUGCGCUGCAUAAACUUGCCCGUCAAACCCUGCAGGCCUUGGACUGGGACAGAUAUCGUUCAUGUAGAAAUCAAAUUAAAAGAAAAUUGAGAGAAUCCGAGAGAAAAUUUGUGUAUAAAAGAAUUAAUGACAAAAAUAGAAACAACAACUCCCUUUGGAAAACUGUAAGAGAAUGUAUUCCUAGAAGUGAAAAAACACGUUUAACUUAUUCUGGGAAUGUCGUUGAAGUAGCGAACAAAUUUAAUGAAUACUUUUUUUCAGUCGGAGCAAAAGCGGCAGAAGAAUCCAAAGCGUUGAUUACUUCAUAUGGUCUUACAUCGACUCAUCCAGAGAUACCACAUAAAUUUAGUGCAGAAAUUGACAAGUUUCAUUUUCACCCUGUGUCCUGUGACGUGAUUCGUAAAAUUGUGUGUUCUUUUCCAUCCAAUAAGUCCCCUGGACCAGAUAAAGUUUCUGUGAAAGUGAUCAAAGAUGCCUUACCAUACAUUCUUCAACGUCUUACGGAUAUUGUUAACUGCUCUUUAAGAGAAUCUUUGUUUCCCAGCGCCUGGAAGUUGUCAGAAGUUAUUCCCCUAAUAAAAGAAGGGGAUCACGAAAUUGCUAAAAAUAAUCGGCCAAUUUCCUUGCUACUUGCUGCAUCAAAGAUCUGCGAGCGUGUAGUUUUGGAACAAUUUACCGCAUAUGUGGAACAGAAGAAAUGCUUAAGCGUACACCAAAGUGGAAACAGGAAGCUGCACUCCACUGAAACAUUGAAUUUAUUUAUAUCGGAUAAGAUCUUAAAGUCUAUGGACGACAAGGAGGUCGUAGCUGUAAUUCUACUAGACCUUUCUAAAGCAUUUGACAGUAUCGAUCAUGUAUUGCUUCUGAAAAAGCUCUAA